GCCGUAUCCGGGUUCUCUCCCGUCGGGUCAUAUCAGUCGCAAGAAUGCACCCACACGAGACGAUGCUAACUUGAUCUGCCGCCAACAGUGGCGGCUCUGCUCCUAGUUCUCACUGUUGCUACGAGCUAGAGGAUGAGGCUGAAUCUUAUCACCUGUUAUCACUACGGAGUCCGCUUUUCCGGGACAAGACCUAGCAACUCGGGCGUCACCCUGAUGCAACAUACAGGCAUUAUCUGAAUUUGGGUCGUUCCUCUUCGCCAAUCUCUUAUCCUAUCCCUUGGUUUUCUCUUCUCCAAAGUCGUUCCCCAGGUAGUCUGGCACGUCGUUCUCUUCUUAUGUUUGUCGUUCAUUUACAAUAUACAAGGCGGACCGACCACUUCCAUUCUUUCGACUGCGAACUUUCACCCUCAUUCUACUUUCUCGACGGCGCUGGCGCUGCGCGCUGGACGCUGCCAUACCUUCUUUUCUUGCCUACUGUGUUUCCGUCCUUCGUUGGACUUGACAUUUCAAUUGUUGAUCUGCUGGCACCCCUCUGUGCCAGUCGACUCAGAACCUCUCUCUCUACAAGACCAAUUCCCACAAGACAAGCCCCAAGCCCAAGUACGACAGAUCCGGAGAGCUUAUAGCCUCUCAGGAUGCGGACAAGAGCAGUUCAAGUGCUCCUCCUUGUUCUCACACUAGUCCUGGCAAUAUUUCUGCUAGUCGCCGCAUCCAAAUAUGCAGCUUGGAGUCAUGUUAUGGUCCCGACGAAUAGAAGUUGGCUGCCUCUGGUAUUCUACGUCGCCUCCAUACCACUAGUUUCUCUCCUCUAUGCUGUUGUGCAUCUCGCCACACUGCAGUUUAACGCGCUUCCUGUCCCCGCGCUUUCUGGUCAACGCAGCAGCAUCGACCCCUCGUACGAUGCUCAGUACACCGCCAGCACCACAUUGUUCAUCCUGGCCAUUUCGGUUCUGCACUUUCUCGCAUGGCUUGCCCAGGCCUCACUAUGUACCGGGUGUGAACUUGCACCAAUCCUUGCUGGUACUGAGGGCCGAGUCCCACGCUGGUGUCCACAGUCCCGUUUCAGAGACUCUGGUGAUCCCAACUUGGCCAAUAUGCUCGGAACUCUGGCAACUGUCAAGGACUUUAUGCAGUGGGUCAUGGUCCUCCUUACAAUCAUGCUGAUUGAAAGCGCGAGGCGGGAAUACCGCAGUGCUGAGCGUAUACGAAGAGAAAUGACCCGGCGGGCAGGGACGGGAGUUGAUUUUGGAGGGCCAAGGGGAGCUGUCAAGGGCUCGAACUCAAUAUCACUGACUGCCAUCGGCAACAGUAUCAGUGGACCUAGGAUUCUCACGGCUGCUGAGAUCGCUGCCCAACGGAGGAUGCAGCAAGAAGAGGAAGAUCGGAAGAAAAAUCAAGCUGAGCAACAACUUAAACAGGUACAGCUACAGAACGGUCCUGGUGUCCCGAACAACAAGCCUGACAAUUAUUAUGGUAACGGCAUGGGCAAUGGGCUGAAGAGGACGAAAACGCUCAAUCAUAUGUACGAUACGCGGACAUAGUGCUGGUUGCUCAGCCUAGUGAUUGGACCUGUGGCUGUCAAAGAAGUGUCCUAUGUGCUUCGAAAUCAGACUUGACUGGGCAUUGGCGGCAAUGUUCCAGGGUAGAGAAAGUUCCACCUCAAACAUUGACGUAUUCAGGCAUUCAUGUCAUGACCAGUUGCAGCAAGUUAUAUCCAAGGUUAGCAGAAAUGAUGGGCCAAGGCAGACAGAACCUACACAGAACCUUUCAUAGCUACCAACACG